AUGUCUCACGGAAAGCAAUUCACUCUCUACACUCUCCCCGGAGGACCGAACGGCCUGCACGUCGCUGUCGUCCUCGAAGAGCUCGGGCUCUCGUACCACACCAUCCUCCUCGACUGGGCCAAAAAAGAGCAGAAGGAUCCGGACCACACCCGCUUCAACCCGAACGGCCGCAUCCCGACCCUGAUCGACCACCAGAACGGCGACUACGCGAUCUGGGAGUCCAACGCGAUAAUCCUCUACCUGCUCGAGCAGCACGACCCUGCACACAAGCUCUCCGUCACCGACGCGAAGGAGAAGUCCGACUUCACCAAGUGGCUCUUCUUCCAGGCCUCGGGCCAAGGCCCGUACUUCGGCCAGCUCCGGCACUUCCAGGCUGCGCAUCCCGUCCAGGUCCCGACCGCGCGCGAGCGAUACCAGCGCGAGGUCCUGCGCGUCUGGGGCGUGCUCGACGGCGUGCUCGCCGCGGCGCCCGGCGGGUGGCUCGUCGGCGGCAGGGUGACCGCCGCGGACAUCACGUUCUUCCACUGGAACGAGAACAUGUUCGAGAACCGCUGUCUGGACGGCUUCCCGGACGGCGAGGUUAAUGUCGCGAAGCAGUUUCCGGCGGUCUAUGCGUGGCACGAACGGAUGAAGGCUUUGGACUCGGUGAAGAAGGUCGCUGCCUCUCCGAUGUAA